GUAGAAGCGUUUACAACCCAGAAGUUCCAACGGGGUGCCGAACUUGGAGGAUAGGGUUGCCCACUAUCCAUGCACUCACUUAUUAUGGACCAAAACACAUUUAGAACUGCUGGACUCUACAUUCUCUACCGGCCGGCUAUUCGGCUCACAGAGCCUCCGGAACGCUGCUUUCGUGAGUGAAACCGCUCCGGAACGCUGCUUCCAGGUCGGUGCCACAGCAGGCCUUCAGCAGAUGUGCCAUCUGCUUUGAACGACGCCACGCCUUUUUUCCGCCAAAACGGUGAGAUUCUUGUAUUAUGCCUUGGCGAGACCGGUCUGCCCUCAAACUCCUCGCGAUCUUCUGGUGGUCGCUCUGCGUCCGCGCGCGCGGUGAGCGCGCAUCGGCCAUGCUGGUGGAGGUGCAGCGAUCGAUGAUGCAGGCUGUUGGCGAUGAACCACCGCAUGAAAAGGAACAUGUGAAGAAACCCAACUGCCUUCAACCCUGUGAUGAGGGCUGCUUCUGCAACCCAGCGAAGCAUUACGAGGGCAUCUACUUCUGCGACUGCACGGGGCGCAGUUCCGUAGCGGAGCACAUUUAUCGACAAGAAGAGGCCUAUGCAGAUCUGAUCAAGCACCCGGACAAGAAGGGCAAAGUGAAUCCUGAGUGGACCAAAACCGAGCGAAAGACUCACCUGGAUGACAGCGCGACUAGCGAGUGACCAAAGGAUC